CAUGUGUUAAAUAUGUCGGUAUUAAAUGUGUUUUGUACUACUGUUAAAUAUGAAUAUAAAACAAGAAUUUUAUCUUUUUGCUCGUUGGUUGUUUUUAUAUUUAUGUGUUUGUUAAUUUUUGGACCAUUAAUAAUUACAUUUCAAACUGGUGGUUUUUGGAUUCGUACUCGAACAUACGUUGAAACACCCAGGGUACAGUUUACUCAUAAAUACUUGCUCAUCGCUGAAAGAUAUUUUGAAACAACUCCGAUUGUGUGUUCUACUUUUACAGUUUAUCAAAGAAAUCUCAUAAAAGAUAAUUGUUCUUUAGUGAAAAUCCAAGAAGUAGAUGUCAAUAAUGAUAAAAAAAAUGACAUUUUGAAAUUUGAACUACAGUUUUAUAAUACACAACCUAUAAGGACUUUUAAACUUUUAUUAUACUUUGAAUUUCAAUUUGAGAAUAUCAUAAAAAAUACUAUCAACUCGUUGGCAUCAUUUGAUUACUUACUUCCAUAUGAAAGCCAAAAAAUCCAUGUGACUGGUGAUUUGAGUCUCAAUCAAAAAACUCUAAUUUAUGAUAAUAACUUUAAUGAUAUACAUACUCUUGAUUUGAGUAAUCAUUCAUUAGUUGAAGUAUUAACUCAUAAUGCUCGAAAAAAAUUUUCAGCUCAGAUAAAUAAUAUUCAAGCAACAUGGGAAACAGGAUUUGCAAGUGAUGAACCAAUUAUUAUUUCUGGAGAAAUUUUUUAUUCACAACAAUUGUUGUACUAUCAGCCAAGUAUAUGGGAAGAACUCAAAUGGUUUUGGAUUCAGUAUUUAUCUUUUUUCAUAGCAUUCUCAUAUUUCAUACGAAAAUUUUUGAAAUUUUUAUUAAGCAGAAGUUAUUUGAAAAGUUAUAUUGUCAUACCUUGGAAAGAAAAAUAA